CUGCUGCUGCUGCUGCUGCUGCUGGCAGAAGAGGGGGGAAGUUUGACAAAUCGCCCCGGAGGAAGGAGGAGGGGAAGCCCCCCGAAGAGGAGUCGGCGGAGCCUCAGCCGGCGCUCUCCACUCCCCGGCUCCCGGCUCGGCGCUGGAGCGGCGGCAACAGGCGAAGCUUGAAGGGAAACGAGAUGAUCGCAGUGUCACUCAAACUAGUCCGCAAAGAGAGAGAGGGGCUCCGCACUCCCACCACCUCCCGCCCCGGACGGCACCUUAACUCUUUGCGCAUCGCGCCGCCGGACAGCCCGCCACCGGCCCGGCCACGGCGGCGGAGAAGCGUCCGCCAGGGGCGAGCGGCGGCAACGGGGUGCCCCCCUCAACCACGGCACCUCCUCCGCCGCCCAACUUCGCCUGCCACCGCUUUCCUCAGCAGCCCGCGGCAGCGGAGGGGCUCUGCCCGCCGGACCCCCGGGAACGGCACGACAGGGCAGCGCAGCCACUCCGCUCCCCGCCGGCAGCCCUACCCUUUCCGCACCCGUUCCCAGCCGGACCCCCCCCCUCAGCCAUCGCCUGCCGCCACGCUGGGGCACGGGACCCUCCUGCCCUGCAGCCUUUUCCCACCCCUUGCCCCAGUGAGAUGGGCCCGGUAUCUGUCCCGGGAGCUUGAGCCCCGUCGCCGAGGAGCUCGGCCACCCCAUGGGGUGACAGCGGUAGCGGCCCCGGUCCCCGCCUCACCCUGCACCUCAAGCCGCCGCCCGCCCCGGCCCUACUCACCGGAGCGCCGGGCAGCCGGCCGCUCGCCGGCACACAUCCAGCCCUUCGGCUCCCACCUGGCUGGCGCCGCGGCCGCCCGGGCUCCGCUGCGCGCCUGCGGGCGGAGUGUCGGCUGGAGCCGCUCCGGCCGGGACCGGUAA